AAAACUACACCUGAACAGAAAAGCUGUGCGCUUGGCGGAGUGAAAGAAUUAAACGUUGAGACUCAGAACAAUCUCCAAUUUCUGAAUUACCCAUCAGCGAUUCCCAACCCAACUGGAAGAUCCUCUUUGUUUCUCAUCUCUGAAACUUUCCCAAGCUUUCUCAAUCUAAAAAUCCUCUCUUUCUCUCUCUAGAUAUGGAGAAAGAAAAGAAAUCAUCAACUGAUCAAGGAAAUACUGAUCAAAACGAAGAGACUGAAGCUCUGGAGCUUCUUCUUUUUCAAGUCUCUGAAUGUUACGUUUAUUUGAUACCUCCAAGAAAAAGUGUGGCUUCCUACAGGGCUGAUGAGUGGAAUGUCAAUAAAUGGGCUUGGGCAGGGGCCUUGAAAGUUGUUAGCAAGGGGGAAGAGUGCAUCAUUAGACUUGAAGAUAAGUCCACAGGUGAAUUAUAUGCUCGAGCUUUUCUGAGAGAGGGAGAGCCACAUCCUGUUGAACCUGUAAUUGACAGCAGCAGGCUGUCUGAAAGAAAGAACUUUCUUCUGCAGAUAUUUUGUUCUUCGCGUAGAAGAAAAUAUAGGUUUGUCUCCCGUCAACUUCUUAACUGAGUUUGGUAUCAAUUCUAAUUUCAUUGAAUAAGAAUGAUAAUGCAGCGUAUAUAUAAUAGAAAUUUGAACAAAAUGGCAUUAUAAUUUUAAGUCGAUGCUUUUUUGUUUCUUCUUUAACAAGUAGGAAUAUAAGAUUCAUGGUUGUGGAAUUGAAAUCUUAAGAAGUAAUUUAAUUAUACAUCAAUAGUGUAAAUCAUGACAGACUUUUAUAUAUUAGAUCACUUAAUUCUAGGUAUGAAACAGGAAUAGAAUAGGUUGAACCAAAUGCAAAGUUAAUAUUUUUCCCACCACCCAGGAAGUUGGUAGCGGGAAGACUGAACCGAAAGAAACAAAGGAAAAUAUAUUUGAGUGCUGUCCUUUAGUUGAAUUCUCAAUUUCUAUUUGCCAAUUCACUUGCAGAGGUAGGAAUAACCGAGAAAAGCUGCUAGUCAUGUUUCCAUUUGUAUUUCAUGGUUGCAUAUCAAGUUAGCUACUGUCUCCCCUUUCCUCCUCUCUUUUCUUUUUGUUUUUUUCGGCUAACCCUUGGGACUAAGUUUGGAUGAAUGGUAAGCAAAGACGAAGGAGCAAAGUCUUUAAGCAAAGUGACUCUUUUAUGAGUGAAGAGUAGGUAUACUUGGUACCAGGCUUGUUGUGCCCGUAUCUCAACCAAUUUUCUUUUUUUUCGGUCACUAUUUGACAUGAAUUCUAAACAUUCUUUCGAGUUUCUUUUCUAUGAAGAACUGGACACUAUGAAUUGUUAUUGUUCCAACGAGCUUGGGUGCGGUGCCUAUAUGCAAUUAUGCAUAAUGAAGAAUUACAUUGUUAAAUUUGCUACUAGUCCUGUACCAUGAGCCUUAUCUCAAACCUUACUUCCUCCGUUUACUGAGGUUCUAGUUUUGGGUUCAAUACCCACUUCCAAGAAUGGCUUUUAAACAUUGUUAUUUUUCACAGUUCCUUCUCUCUCUGAACUUGCCAUAACCCAGCUCAAGUCCGAUAAACCGUAUACUAUAGACCAAAAUGGUGGCAAAGAAACACCAAAGGAGAAAAUGAUACAAGUUUCAGCACGUGACAGCCAUUCACAAGGAUUUUUUCUCUCCUAAUCAACUUUUCCAGUGUUGGAAUACAUUCCCGUGUAGCUUCCCAAGUAAAGAACGCCACCUAGGAGUUGCCUUCACCCAAUGUCAAAAUUUUAGCACAUUUCCAUCCAAUAGUUUCAUUCAGGCCAUUCAAGCACUAGAGCUCUCUUUUCCCCAUUAGUUGAAACCGAGAGUUAAUUAUAGUUUGAGAUUAAGUUCAUAUCCUCCACAACUGGAUUGGAAAAAAGAAACCAGGAUUUUAUACUUGUGAGGAAAUCCCUGGCCUAGAGGCAAACCCCUAUUGAACUUUAAUUUGAUCUAAAUGGAAUUCCCUUGUACUUAAUGUAGGUACUUGACACAAGUUUAAGAGGAAACCCAAAUCAGCUCUUAGGCAUGGCAACAUGGACACUUUCAUACAUUUGCAUGACUUUCCCUGUUGCCAAUGCAAUGGCCCCACAUGAUCCUCUACAACUGGAUUGGAAAAAAACAAAAAACCUAGGAUUUGGAACUAGUGAGGAAAUCUUGGCCUAGAGACAAACUCCUAUUGAACUUUAAUUUAAUCAAAA